AUAAAUUGGGCUGUGGAUCAACGAAUAUAAAUCAAUCAUUGAUUCAUUUUAAAAUUUAACAUCAAAACUAUUGUUGAUUUUUUAUAGUAUUCAAAUCAGUUUAGUUAAAUUAAUUGCAUCAUUGUAAACUAUUGGAAUGUAUAAUCAAAAGUUAUUUUAUUGUUAUAGUGGAGUGUACAUGAUCCAUUUUAUUUUCUAUGCUAUUUUCAUGAGUGUCAUUUUAACAACUGGAAAUGCAAAUGAUUCGUUUACUAGUUCUGCAUCUGAGUCAACUGAUAACCUUAGCGAUACAACGUUAUCAUCCACAACUUUGACACAAACGGAUCAUUCGGCUAUGACAUUAAGUACAGAGACUGAUGUUGCUUCAGUAGCAAGUACUGAUAUUGAUGUGACUGGCAAAACUAGCACCUCUACUCCAGUGGGAUCUGAAGGGACUAGUGACACUUCAUCAAGCACUGACAAUGCUUCAUCUGAGUCCUCUGAUACAGAGUUGAAUGUUACACGACAAAGUAACAAAUCUGUGAUUGCCAGUGUGGUUGGAGAGGAGUCUUUGGACGUAAGAACAACGGAGUCAGAGUCCUCGGUGAGUCUAAUGACUACUCUUCAAGAAAGUGAGACAAGUACCACGGAAAUUGUGUCUUCGAGCAUGGAAAGUGGACAGGAAAAAUACCGAACUACACUUACUACAACAGGUAAUCCUAAGAUAGUUACAAGUACGCCUGGAAUAAUGAAUGGUGUAUCAUCAUUGAAAGUUGCUUACAUUUUACAGUUGUUUAUUCUAUUGACAUUACAUAUAGUUUAUUGAUAGUAAUGGAAUGGUGGACUAUUUGAUUAGCAUUUAAAAUAAUUCGUACGUAUCCUAGUUUCUGUAUAACAAAGAAUUUGUCAAAUUAUAAAACACAUGCAAUUACUAUUAUUAUUAUUAUUAUUACCAUUAUUGUUAUUAUUAUUAUUAUUACUCACUUCAUAUUCUGUUCAAUCUACAACAUUGAAAGAAAAAAAAACAUUUUCGUUUUGUUUUGUUCUUUUUCUCGUUCAAACAGUUUUUUUUUAAAGAUUGUUGCAUAUUAUAAUAGUUAAUAAUUGUGAAUUCAAAUAUUUUCCCCCUAUUGUUUGUUUAUCAUAUAGUUCCGUUAAUUUACUAAACUUAUUUAUUUUACACAAAAAAAAGUGUAUGGAUAUAUGUUUGGUCCUGUCAUUAUUAAACAAUUAUAUAUUUCAUUAUUAUUAUUAAAACAAUUGUGAUUUCUUUAAAUAUUAUGGUGUUG